UCCCACACCUUCCUCUCCUCCAUCGCCGCCAGCAACGGCCCAAUCCUCGGCACCAUCCUCUCCUUCCCGCACACCAUCACCGCCAAACUCGCCGCCCGCGCCGGCUUCCAAUGGCUCAUGAUCGACAUGGAGCACUCACCCUUCACCAUGGAGCAAGCCACGGACCUCGUGCACGCCGUCGUCGCCGCCUCCCAAGGCGCCUGCCUCCCGCUGCUGCGCAUCCCCUCCCACAGCACCGAGUGGAUCAAGUGGGGGCUCGACACGGGCGCCGCAGGCAUCAUCGUGCCCAUGGUGCACACGGCCGCGGACGCAGAGGCGAUUGUCGAUAAAGCGCUGUAUCCGCCGCGGGGAUCGCGCAGCUUUGGGCCGUAUAAUGCGCCCUUUGGGAGUCUGGACCCGGGCACGAGCUUUGCGGAUUACUAUGCCAAGGCGCAGGCGAGGGGGCCGGCAAUUUUGCCGAUUAUCGAGUCAAGAGAGGGCGUCAGGAACGCAGAGGCGAUUAUGGCCGUGGAUGGCGUGACGGGGAUUUUCAUCGGGCCGUAUGAUUUGAGGCUGAGUCUUGGGCUUUCGGGCGGGAGUGAUGGGCCGGAAGAGGAGUUUGUGGCAGCGGUGGAGAAAAUUGUGGGGAUUGGGAAGAGGUUGGGGAAGCCGGUGGGGAGUAUGGGGACGGGCGAGGAGCUGUCGGCGAAGAGGACGAAGCAGGGGAUGGAUUUCUUGCUGGUGUCGUUUGAUUACAACGCGUUGGUGAAGGGGUAUAGGACUGAUUUGGAAAAUGCG